AUGUAUAGCCAUCUUAUAGAGCAACAUUCAUCUAUGGUGCUGGAGAUCAACACUGUGCACAAGAGGAAUGUUAUUGACAAACGGGAAGGGGCUCAUGUGUUUUACGUAGGUGGAGAAUUGUUCAGAUUUAACAUCAAAGGAUCCGAACAGUCGCCCUCGUAUAAGUUUUCGAUGUCUCACUUAGGGAUGGUUGAAGGGGAGCCGAAGUAUUGCUAUAACUUACAAAUUUUAGAUCAGUCGGAGUUGGGGCUCCAAUUCAGCAUUACGCAACCGUGUCAAUGUUUGUCAAAUAGGGGUAACUCCAAUGCCUUGAGCAUUCCGUAUGAAAUGUUGAGGCCUUUUGUUGGUGAGACGUCUUACUUCAACUAUAAAAUAAAUAUUGUGAAAAUACAAGUCACCAAUUGA